AUGCCCCGCUUGUCCCCUGCCGCAGCUCCCAAGUACGAGGGCCUCAAAGAUCGGCUGGUGGAUGUGGCUGGCACGCUAGGCGGGGUUCUUGGGCUGGCGCAGGGCGUGACCGACAAUGCCAGCGUGAAUGUGGUGCCGCUGCCGGGUGGCGGCGCCGUGGCUCUGACCGAGACGGUGCAGGGCACGUACCGCGUGGACCCCGCCUCGCUGCGCACGCUGGCGCAGGUGCGGUACGAUGGCGGCGACGGCGUCAGGGGCGACCUCACUACCGCCCACCCGCAGCCAAUGCCCAAUGGCGACCUCGUGAACCUGGUGUCUGCGGUCGGGAUGGGCUUCAGUGUCUACAGGCACCCAGCCGGCGCGUUUGAGCGGCGCCAGCUCAUCGCCACGCAAUAUGCCGUCAUCCCGGGAAAGCCGCUUUACUUUAACCUCCGCAAACCUGUGAACGGGGGCCCCGCCGGGGAGGCCAGCCACUACAUCUUCAUGGACUGGGCCCCCGCUGACGGUACCACGCUGCACGUGGUGGACCUGCGGGACGGCUCCCGCAAAAGCUACCGCGCUCCGCCAUGCUUCGUCUUCCACUGGGCCAAUGCAUUUGAGUCGGAGGAUGGCAGGUAUCUGCACCUGGAUGCGUGCCUGUACGAAGAUCCGCAGAUCGUGAAUGAUCUCUACCUGGGGGUGCUGCGGGCAGACUACCAGCCGGGGCGGCAGGCGGGGCAGGCGUUCCUGCGCCGCUUCACAAUCGACCUGCAAUCGCCGGAUGGCUCGGAGCUGCCUGCGUGGCAGCCGCUGGUGGCGGACGAGGCGCAGCGCAGCCCGCCAUUUGAUUUCCCAAAGACCAGCCCGCUGUAUCGCGGCAAGCCGUAUGUGUGGGGCGCCUGCUCCACCCGCCCCACCAACGCGCACAACAGCGUGGCCAAGUUUGACCUUGAGAACGGGACGGUGGAGGUGUGGCAUGAGUCGGGCACGCUUGUGGGGGAGCCGGCCUUUGUGCCGGCCCCCAAUGCCACGGCAGAAGACGACGGCGUAGUGCUGUGCGUGCUGGUGCAAGCGGACGGCACAUCUGCCAUGCUGGUGCUGGACGGCAGAAGCCUCGCAGAGGGCAAGCUGCCGACCUGGCUGCGCGGCAGCUUCUACCGCAAUGGCCCGGGCAUGUUCGAGGGGGCGCAUGCCGUCUUUGACGGCUGCGCCUUGCUGGUUCGCUUCAGGAUAGACGGCGGCAGCAACGAGGUGGUGCAGUCCCACCGCUUCCUGGAGUCGGUCUACUACCGAGCAGCCAAGGAGCAAGGCAGCAUUCGGUGGAAGAUGGCACACCCGCCCAGUGCUGUGAAGAGCACGCUCAAAGGGCUGGCCUACGCCUCUGGCUUUGCGCUGGGAACGUUGCAGUACGGCAGGCACCUGGGCGACAACGCAACCAUCUCCAUCUUCCCACAGGCGAGCAUGGUGGGGGCUUUCAUCACCUGCAGCACGCAGACGCUGGAGACGCUGGGGCGUGUGGAGUACCGCGACUCCAUCCACGGCAUGGUGAAGACGGCGCACCCGCACCGCAUGCCCAGCGGCGACAUCAUCGGCAUGGCCGCCGACUUUGGGCCCUUCCUGGACACCUCAGCCACGCCCAGCAGACUGCGGCUGCCCGAAAUCACGGUGUACCGGCAGAGCCCCUGGCAGUCGGAUCGCCGCCAGAAGAUUGCCUCGGUGCCGUACGCGCACCCCACCACGCCCACCUGGAUCCACGAGGCGAGGACAGAAGUGCCCGUCAGCGACCACUAUGCGGUGGUGGUGCAGAACCCUGUCUACUACAACCCCCGGGCCAUGGUGAUGGGGCAGGCCACUGAGCAAGGCUUCAUGGUGUUUGACUGGAAACCAGAGUGCGGCACCCUGCUGCACGUCGUGCCACUGCUGGGUGGAAAGACCAAAACCUACCGCGCCCCCGCCUUCCUGGCCACCCACUGGGUCAACGCCUUUGAGUCGGACCACGGGCGCCUGCUGCACCUGGACUGCGCAGUCACAGACAGCCCGGCGCUGCUGAGCCACUGGGAGCUGGGCACAGUGCGGGCGGGCCCAGUGGGCGGCAAGCAGAUUGAGGACUCGGUGCUGCGCAGGCUCACAAUCGACCUGUCUCGGGAGGAUGGCUCCUUCCUGGACCAGCAGCCUCUGCUGCAGCAGCUGGUUCCCGACACGCUGCACGGCAACGCGUUUGAGCUGCCCUCUAUCAAUCCCAACAACGCUGGCAAGCCGUACAGGUAUGCGUAUGGAACCUGCUGUGUGCGCCCCUCUAACUGCUGGAACGCCAUCUGCAAGCUGGACACCUGGACCGGGGAGGUCAAAGUCUGGCACGAGCCCGGCGGCGCAGCCUGGGAGCCCAUCUUUGUGCCGCGGCCGGGCGGCAAGGCGGAGGAUGAUGGGUGCCUGCUCUCAACCAUCAUGCAGCCAGAUGGGCGCAGCGCGCUGCUGGUGCUGGACGCCAGGACGUGGCGGGAGGUGGCGCGCGCGGUGCUGCCCUACUCGCUGCCCAACGGCUUCCACGGCUGCUUUGUGCCAUCAUGA